AGCCUCGGCAAGAACGUUUCUUUUUUUGCGCGGAGAUUUCGCGAGCACGCGUCUUGUUUUCCGCCGUUCGCCGUGCACUUUGACGUACUUUAGAAAACGUUGACUGCGCCAAAGGUCACUGCUGGGCAAGAGGAGCGUCCAAUCGCCGCUGGUGGUGACGCUUGUGGAAAAAUCAAUUAGGGCCAGUGACGGACGUCGAACUUCCAGUUUUGUGACAAGCGGAAUCCAGUCAACAACAACAUGCCCGUGGGAACGUUCGACUCCUGGGAUGCGGCCGUGCUGAUCACCAUCCUGGUCAUAUCGGCUCUGAUUGGCAUCUACUACCGGUAUACGGGCGGCAAGCAAAGGACCACACAGGAGUACCUGAUGGCGGACCAGAGCAUGACCACUUUUCCGGUCUCCUUCAGCCUGAUGGCCAGCUUCAUGUCCGCCAUCUCACUGAUGGGCGUCUCCAACGAGUCCUACGAAUUCGGUACCAUCUUCUGUGUGAUCAACAUUGCCUACGUUCUGAGUACGCCCAUUGCCGCGUACUUCUUCCUUCCUGUUUUCUACAGGAUGCGGACGACCAGUGUGUACGAGUAUCUGGAGCGGCGCUUCGGCCAGGCCACCCGCCUGUCCGCCUCCCUGGCCUUCACCGUGCAAAUGGUGCUUUACAUGGGCAUUGCACUGUAUGCACCAGCGCUCGCUUUGGAAGCUGUAACCGGCAUUCAUCGAUCAAUGGCCAUCGUCGUCAUUGGACUGGUGUGCACCUUUUAUUCUACACUUGGCGGCCUGAAGGCGGUGCUCAUCACGGAUGUGUUUCAGUCCUUCCUCAUGUUUGCCGCCAUCUACGCCGUGAUUGCCGUGACGGCCAUUAAGGCCGGCGGAUUCGCGGCCAUUUGGGAGGUGGCUGUGGAGCGAGGACGCGUCAACUUCAUUGAGUUUUCAUUGGAUCCCACUGUGAGGCAUACGUGGUGGUCUCUGAUCAUUGGCGGCAUGGUCACUUACCUCUCCUUGUAUGGAGUUAAUCAAACGCAAGUGCAGCGACUCCUGAGUGUCCACAAUUUGAAGAGCGCUCAGUCGGCGCUUUGGUGGAACCUGCCCAUCCUAGGAAUGCUUAGUUUUAGCACCAUUUUCAGUGGACUGUCCAUAUUCUACUAUUAUCGAGAUUGUGACCCAGUGCUAAAGGGACGCAUCGACAAGCGGGAUCAAAUCAUGCCCCUCUUCGCACUGGAGACUAUGGGUCAAUACCCUGGACUUUGCGGCCUGUUCGUGUCCGGAAUAUUCUCCGCCAGUCUUUCCACAAUUUCGUCAGCAGUUACCUCGCUGUCGGCUGUAACACUGGAGGAUUACUUGAAGCCCUUGUACAAGGCGAUAUUUAAACGGACGCUAAUUGACUCCAAGUCCACGAUGCCCACCAAGAUUGUGGCAUGCAUCUUUGGCCUGCUGUGCAUCGGACUGGCUUUUGUGGCUGGCUCCAUGGGCGGAGUUCUCCAGGCCUCGCUUACCAUUUUCGGCGUGGUGGGCGGUCCUUUGCUGGCCAUUUUCACACUUGGAGUCUUCACUACACGCAGCAACCAAAGAGGCGUGCUGCUUGGCUUCCUCGUUUCCCUAAUAGUUUCCUUCUGGAUGGGAUUCGGCGGGCCCAAACCAAAGCCAGUUACCUUGGAGUUUAGCACAGCGGGGUGUGAGAAUGCCACAGCUGUAAUGGCGCGUGCCAUCGAGCUAAGCUCAAAGAGCAGUGGAGUGGUCAUCGAACCGGACUACUUCUGGUUAUAUCGAAUUUCCUACUUGUGGCUGAGCGUGAUCGGCUUUCUUAUCGCCGUGGUCGUCGGCUAUGGCAGCAGCAUUGUGCUGGCUCACUUUGGAAAGGCAGAAAACGCGGAAAUCUAUUUGGACAAGUCUCGGAAGCAGCUGGACUACGAUCUCUUCGCACCCAUGCUGUCUCGCCGCUGGCGACGCCACGAAGAAGAACAAGACCAAACUGCCCAGGACGAAACGCUCACCAAACUAACUGAGCAGUAGUUCCGUCCGGCUUAGAUUUAGUGUAGAAUAUAUAUACAUAUAAAAGAAUUUCCAGAAGGCGUCGGCUAUUUGCGUAGUCUUGUUACGGAUGUCGUACCUAAAAGUGCAUAACUAUGUGACCUUUUUGUAUACCUGUGUGAACGAAACUGGCAUACAGAGCGACCAAAACAGAGUCUUCCAUAUACAUGUAAACAACGAUAAUUAGUAUUUAGUAGUCGUGUUGCAAAUGUUCACAAGCGCAUCAUUAAGAAUAGUCAAAUGUUUUUUACAAUAACGUAUAAAAAGUAGGAUUCUACCUCAAUGAACUUUUACAGAGCGACAAUAAUCAAUUUGGAGCCUAAAAGCGUGUUGGCCGACUACUUUCCCAUGUUGAGCAUUGGCAGCCACAAUGCGCCACAUAAAUGAUUGAUUUAGUAGUGGAUCUAAUUUUAAUGGGAUAUUUAUAUUUAAACCUUCUAGUUACUCGAUAUUGUCAUACAUAGUACUAUAAUAAUCAUUCAGCUCGAAGUCGGGAUUUUAGAUAUACACUACAGUGAGCACCGCCUAUAAAUAGUUACUACAUGGCUCUUAAAGCAUUACAUUGCGCCACAGUGUGAGUUCUGUUUACUUAUAUACCUCUACUAUAUGUAUAUAUACUCGUAUAUAUACUCUUGUCGUGUCGCAAUCAACCAUUGAACAAUAACUCGCAGCAGUGAAAGUUAUGUGUAUUUGUAAAGCCAAACUGCUGAUCAUUAAAGAAAUCUGUUCUA